AUGGGCUCCCUCAACUCCCAAUCUCAGCUACCCCACGUCCCCAGCCCAGGAGUAUGGGCACCUUCAGUCACAUUCUUCAACCACGCAGAUGACACAGUUGACCAUGAUGCUCAAGCCAAAUACUUCAAGCAUCUGGCCAACUCAGGCCUGAACGGCCUUAUCGUCAUGGGCUCCAACGCCGAGGCCUUUCUCCUCACCCGCGAAGAGCGUUCUGAGCUCAUCGCCCUCGCCCGCAAGACCAUCGGUCCUGACUUUCCUCUCAUGGCCGGUGUCGGCGCCCAUUCUACCAAGCAGACUCUCCAACUUGCUGAGGAUGCAGCUAAGGCUGGCGCCAAUUACCUCCUUGUUCUGCCGCCUGCGUACUUUGGCAAGGCGACUACCAUGAACGUCGUUAAGCGCUUCUUCAAGGAGGUCGCUGCCAAGUCACCUAUCCCCAUUGUCAUUUACAACUUCCCUGGUGUCACAAACGGUGUUGAUCUUGACUCCGAGACUAUUGUUCAGAUCUAUGAGGAGAGCAAGAAGUCGCAUCCUAGCGGAAAGUCCAACAUUGUCGGCGUGAAGCUUACAUGUGGUUCCGUGGGCAAGAUCACCCGUCUAGCAGCCCAGAUUCCUUCCUCAGAAUUCUCUACAUAUGGCGGUCAAUCCGAUUUCCUCAUCGGUGGUCUCGCUGCUGGUAGCGUUGGAUGCGUUGCUGCUUUCGCGAACGUCUUCCCUACUCUCACAGCCAAGAUCUACGCUCUGUACAAGGAGGGCAAGUACGAGGAGGCGUUCAAGCUGCAGCAGGUUGCCGCUCUAGCGGAGAGACCCUGCAAGGCUGGUGUCGCGUCGACAAAAUACGCUGUCGCUGUUUACUCCGCUAAAUUGGCUGGUAUUGAGGGUGCGGAGGAGAAGCUGGCACCCAGACACCCGUAUGAGCCUGUCGGUGAUGCUGUGAAGCAGAGUGUGCAAAGUAUUAUGAAGGAGGCGGGUGAGAAGGAGGAGGAGUUGUUUAAGACGUGGACUGAUCGCGUCAAGGGCCGAUUGAACUAA